UCCUCCUAUUCAUCCAUCACAUUCAACUCCUUCUCUUGACGUUUCUUGUGUCAGGUUUCGUGCAUUCUACUCUGCACAUUCACUCUCUUUGUCUUGUUUUGUCUUUCAUUGCCAUUGUUCGGCCUCGUUCUCUACCAAAGACGAUCAUCGUCCAGUCUGCACGGCCCCUACCUUCGCCUGUGCCUCUUUCCAGCCACACCGCGUCCUUGUCUCGAACAUCCUCAGGGCCGCCUGCGCUUUGGCCCCCUACAUUGAACGACACCCUUUUGACGCCUGUCGACUGCAUGCAACUGUUUCCUUCGCCCUUCGAGCAACUCUCGCGCUUUCUAACGAAUUCACUCCCUAUCCGUUGAUAACCCUUCUUAUCUCGCCUCUCUUUCAACAGAGUUGUUCGUUCUGAGCAAGAAUGAAAUAAAUCCUAUACGAUUCACCUCGUCGAGCCAUCUUAGAUACAAUCGAGCUGGGCUCUUGUCGUGGAUCUGAGGGUUGACCAACGGUUGAGCCGUGCCCGUCAACACCAGCCACUUUCACCACCGACGAAAACAUAAGCCUUCUCGCACUGUGCCUCGUCUCUCACCUUUGUCCUCCAUCAUUCAAACGACUGCCAGGUUGCAGUCGUCUUCUCUCAACAUCCUCUCCAUCCUCAUACCCUCGCACCCUAAUCAUGGGUUGCUGCGGCGGCGAUCGAGAAAAGUAUGGCCGUCUCGAUGCCGAGCAGAAAUGGGAGUACAUUAAUCUCGAUGACUUCAAAUCGACUUCGUGCUGGACACCUUUUGCCUAUGGCUACUUGCUCGUAAUGUUUCUCGUUUCACUUUCCGUCUACGCCGUCGACACCUUUACCGCCAUUCAACUUCUCAUCUUCGACAAAUGGGCUGGUCAGAUCCAGCCCGCCAUCCCCCUCAACAUCUCCCGAUGGAUAUUUGCUGGCUGUAUCAUCCUAUCAUUCGUCCUCCUAUUCUAUCGUUGGCUUCGCGCCAUAAGAGUAAUGAGACAAGGCGGAGUGGCUAAAAGUUACCUCGAUCCGCUCGCCGUCAGGAUCCAGAGUAUUCGAUGGGGCAAGGCACGAGGCUGGAAACGAUUUCUCGUCUUUGCCGAAUUGACAAAAAGCCGGAAAGGAGCAGAUUACGUCGCCCUCUUCGCAUAUUUCUCUUUUGAAGCUUGGCUACGGAUUGUCUUUGCAGAAGGUCCAAGACAGGUUGUCAAUGCCCUCACACUCUACUCAGUCAUGAGACUAAAUCUCAUCCCUGAGGGCGAGCACGCGGCUCGUGAAGGUAACUCCCCUGUCGGCCAGUUCUUUGUCAACAUUGGUGUGCUUGCCGGCAAGAAUCACCUUCAGGCCGUCAUUCUCUUUGGUAUGCUCUGGACAUUGAUCAUCUGGGUCCUCUCGGUCCUGAGUCUGAUCAUUUCCAUCAUACUCUACCUCGUCUUUCUCUGGCACCACAUUCCAUCCGAUGCCGGUGGCCUCAGCGGUUACUGUCGCCAGAAGAUCAACCGAAGAAUGGAAAGAGUCGUCAAGACCAAGGUCGACAAAGCCUUGCGAAAAGAAAAUGAACUGCGAGCCCGAGCCGAGGCUCGAGCUGCGCGGGAGGGCAACGACAUCAAGAAACAACCUACUCUCCCCAAUUUGGGGGACAGCUCAUCCGAUUUGGGCGAUUUCCCUGGCCUGUCACGACAGACCACCAUGACCACUUUGCCCGAAUAUUCCUCCCGACCAGGGACAAGCACAAAUCCUUCCAAUGCCUCGUUACCAACCUUACCUGACCUCAGCGAGCGACCUCAAAUGCCACAACGGGUUGUCACUCAGGGCUCGGAGAACUCGUGGACCAGUUAUAGUUCCAACGCACCAUUGCUCAGUGGAGCGAGCGAAAUGGGAUAUGCCCCCGAGCGUCCUCUAUUUUCGGCUGCCGAAGGCAAUCCAGCCUGGGGAUCGAGACCCGCACCGACCAGAAACUUCACAGGCAUGUCACAGGCUUCACAAAGAUCCUACAGCCCUGCACCUCCUCGGACUGGAACCGCCCAGGGAAAUCGCCCCGGGCCUGCAUAUCCUAUGGACCCUCUACCACGACCCGGUACAGGCAUGUCAGAUCGUUCGCGUCGUCAACCCUCAGACUCAAAUGGUGCCCUGCUAUAUUCAGACGAUCGAAGCUCGACAUCAUCAGGCAAGCCACCCUCGUGGCAAGGUCCGAACUUUGAUAGCCCGUCUGAAUCGCUGGGACGGCGUACCCCUGCAUCUGGCCCUGCUCCAAGUUUCCCCAUGAUUCCAGAAGAACGAGGUAGAAUGUCACCUUUGCCCGGUCCGCAGUUCCGAGCACAAACCCCAACCUAUGGACUUGUUGAGAGAUCAAUCACGCCUCAUGGCAUCCCACCAACCCGUACCAUGACACCAACAGGGCUGUCGACACAAAUUCGGCCACCAAUCUCACCACCAGCAGGCGGAUAUAUUCCAUACUCGGCCGAACCCAGAUCUACGACACCAGCAUCCACGAUUCCUCCCAAUGGAGUGAUGCGAUCAGUGACUGAACCGCCAAGAAGUUAUACUCCCCUUGGCCAGGGAGGACUUCCAUCAGGUCCAGCUCCCCAUCAACAGGGAAGAAGACCAUUGCCGCCACAGAGACAGGACAGUGGAUUGGAUGAUAUCUUGGACCAUUACUGAGUGAAGAAUGGUGGAGUUACUCUGGUGUAGGAGUUUGAUGACGACGGUACGACCAUCAAUGAUGCUAGUAUAUCAGCUAGAUUUUGCAUCCAAGGGUUCACAUAAAACACACCCUUUCUGUGAGCGACCAAUGGCCGUGGGCGGCAUUUUCGUAAUAAUGAAUUGCUUUGAAUUUACGAUUGCAGGUCUUUUAAUUAUUUAAAUUGAAUAUUGAAUGGUGGUGUGAUCAAAAGGUGG